AUGGUGGACGCCGUGGCGGCGGAGCACUACCUCGACCGCUGCGCGCCCAAGAUCGACUUCAACAGAUGCCCCCCCCCCGAUUACGACGCGCGCAAGAGGUUUGCGUACAUGUCAUCUUCCACUUCUCCUGGCAUGGACGGGCCCCCCAACGUCGCGUGGCCCGCGCGUGAGAAGUGCACUGAGGCCCUCUGGCAGGUCAUGACUGGGAUGCCCAGCGGCGGCCCCCUCCCCGACGAAGCCAACGCGACGGUGCAGGCAUUUUUCCCAAGAGGGGAAGAACCAGACGACGCUGAGCACAUCGGCUGCCGCCGCGACCCAUCUAAAGUCCGAGUCCUGGGUCUGCGGAACACCUCCCUCGAGAUCAUCAGCAGCGCGAUGAGCGCUGCGAUGGCCGCGGUGGCUGCCGGCGUGGUCCCGGCAUCGCAGCCUGGCAUCAUCCACCGCCGCAGCUGCGGCUACAACAUCCUAGAGCUGGACGUCGAGAGCCGCGCCGCGUCCGCCGACGCCAACGCCAUGACCAACCUGCCCGUGUUGAGGUCGCUGGACGUAGCGCAGGCCAUCCCGAGCUUCGCGCGCCACUUCGUCCGCCCCGCGCUGACGGUGAUGGGCGCGCCUGAAGCUGCCCUGAAUUUCUUCGACUUGGUGUGCUGCAACAUCCUCGCGAUGGGGUCUGGGUGGAGUGGCGCCCUCUACGCGAUGGGCACCUCCUGCUUCCUCCUCGGCCUGGGGCAGAAGCUCGAGCACAGGGGCUGCGGGCCGUGCCGCGCCUGUGCUGAUGACCUCGGGCUGGUGCUUGCUGCGGUCAUCCAUCUCGCGCGCCUGGAGGGGGUGAUGGUUCUCGUGGAAGACCUCGCGGGCCUCGUGCCGAAGCUCGCCAAGUGCCACAUCGUCCCGCUCGCGGGCCCUGUCGAUGACGAGCUCGUGAACAAGCUGCGCGCAGCCCUGGCCGU